UGCAAGUGAAAUUCACCUGACGGUUGCCCUUUUGCAAUAGAGAGAAACAAGCCCUCCUUUAAGCUCCAACUCCACAACAGUAGCACUCUUCUCCACCAGUUCCGAUCUGAAGAACGAAGUUUGGACAAAAGAUUGUUGACGAAGAAGUUGGACAUGGGUCGUGGAGUCAGCAGUGGUGGGGGACAGAGUUCGCUAGGUUACUUGUUUGGGAGUGGAGAGGCUGCAAAACCGGCCCCAAGUAAUGCCCAAGCUGCUCCAAACGAAGAGCAGCCUACUGCCAUUUCUCAACCAGUUGACAUUAACAAACAGAUUCCUGCAGGCAUACAUAGUAACCCCGCAAACAACUACUUCCGGGCAGAUGGCCAGAACAACGGCAGUUUCAUCACGGAUCGCCCCUCAACUAAGGUCCAUGCUGUCCCUGGUGGUGGGUCUUCUCUGGGCUACCUCUUUGGUGGUGGUGGGAACUGAAUAUGGCUUCAUAUUUUCGUAAUGAUCGAAUUGUUUAUCAAUUCCGUGUUACUUUUUUGGAAGAGGUAUGCUUUUAUGAACAAUUAAAACUUGCUUAAUCAUGUGAUGUAGCAUUAAGUUGAAGUGGUCAUAGGUGGGAUUAUUCAGCUGAUAUUCAAUGUUAGAUGGCAUAAACAUUAAACAUAAACCUCAGUGACAUAAAAGCAGUUACAGCUAAAAGGAGUUGCAUUUCUAAUGAAUGUCUUUUUCUAUCAA